AUGCCACAUCUUAUGUUGGACCCGAAUUUGGAAGUGAGGCCGGAUUUCACGUCAGCGGCAUAUGACGCCCUAUGCACCGCCCUCGCUGCAGCAGAAGGAGUCGACAAGGGGGCCAUUGUCGCCCACCUCUCUGAUGCCUGGAACAUCGAAAACGACGCCAAGAAGGCCACGUGGGACGAACAAGUUAGGCAGGACAAAGCAGAAGAAGCUGAGGCAGAGCUCGCCCGAGAACGCGAGCAACAGCUCAAACUCGAGGAGCGCAGAAAGGUGGAGGAGACAGAAAGGAAGGAGAAAGAAAAGAAGAAGCCGAAGCUCAAGAACUUUGUCCCCAACAAGCUCGUGGGGAAUACCGUGCAGCUUCGCCCCUCGCACUACGCCAUCCACAAGCUAGAAGAGCGGGAAUACGUCGAGCUCUAUUAUUUCACCCAGGAUGGAUGCAUGGAAGCCUUGAAGAUCGACCACACCAUCACUCAGGACGCAUUCACCUUCACCAAGGCCGACGACACGCUUCUACUGAAGCCCAUGGCCUCACACAAGCCAUCCAACAAAGCAAUCCCUGACAAGCAUCUUACCUGGCGCCAAAUGUCACUCGCCAAGACCACGCUGCUGCACCACAUGUCCCAGGCAGGAUGGCCCGAGCACCUCAUCAUCGCCCUGGCUGAGUUCUACCUCAAUCUCAAGGGCCACCCCACGCGCCACGAAGUCGACGGAGACACUGUUCUCCUCCACUACCAAGCCCAGGUCAGGCGCGAAUGGCAUGAAGCCCUCAGGGGCGCUGACGACAACAAUGUCUUUGACAUCAGCACCAUCAAUGACAGGCAUGUCGAUGCCAUUGGGUCCCAAAUCUGGAAUGCCCGGCGCAAUGAAGGGGUACUCAGGUUAGUGCACCCUUCUGUCCUUGAACAGCCCACCAGAACUAAUGUCCGUGUUUCACCCCUUUCACCCCUUGACAUUUACCCACCCCAACCGUACACCCACCUGCCAUCGUACGCACCAUGCACCUUGCACCUGCUCCCCGUGCUAUGCGCCCCAUGCCUGUGUUCGCUAUGCACCAUGCACCCAUGCAUCACAUGCACCCACGCACUGCGUGCAUCAUCUUGUGCCACAUGCACCAUGCACUCCCAUGGUGCCUUAACUAUCCACUGUUGUGUAAAUAUGUGCCCUUGCCCAUCAUUGUACAUACAUACAUGCCCUUAA